AUGUUGCGCGAUGUUGUCUCAAUCGACCUGCCGAAACGGAAUCCAUCGUCUGACACAUUUGAACAGUGCUCAAUCUUGAGACGAUUAUCAUCCACAUGUCCCGUCGAUGGCAUCAUAUUCUGUGAUGCGGCUCCAGACACGAAUCCGGCUCGUAUGCAAAUUGAAGUCUUCAACGCGGCUGGAGGUGUCGUUCGUACUUACACCAACACCGGAACCACGUUAGCAGCCACUGUGAGUACUCUUGGCCAACAACGGCCCGACCACGGGACUUUAUCAUCUUCCCAUCUUCUGAACUCUCCACGGUGUACGGUAAUGGCAGUUCGUUUUCAGGUGUUCUGUAGGAACGGCGUGUGGACGGCACGAGUGAGCAGCACUGGAACGGACCAGUUCAUUCCGAUUACAUUCGAUGGUUCAACUGGUGCGGACAAAGGCUACGUCAUCGGAUCGGCUAUUAACAAAUAG